AUGCAAAAUAAUUAAGAAAAUCAGCAAGAAAAGCCUAAACCAGAAGAAUAAAAGUAAUAACACCAAUAAUAAUAAGUAAAAAAAGAAAUAAAAAUUUCUACCGCAACAAAAGAUCGAGCAGAUGCAGCUAGAUUAUAUAUAGAAAGAAAAUAUGCCAAAAUGUUACAAAAAGAAAUUGAAAAUAAAGAGUAUUGGAUUUAAUUAAAUUAAAAAUUGUAAAAUAUGUAAUUUACUCCGUAAGAGUAAAUAAUCAUAAAGCAUAAUAUAGCUCAAAAAGAAUGCGAAAAUCUUCGAAAAUUGCGAGUAAAAAAAUCCACAAAAGAUUAUGAAUCUCUAAAUAUAAUUGGAAGAGGAGCUUUCGGCGAAGUAAGAUUAUGUCAAGAUAGAUAAACAUAAGAAAUAGUAGCAAUAAAAAGGAUGAAUAAUAAGACAUGA